CUCGAGUGAUAGAUGUGUCAAAUGGGAAGAUAGAUGUGGCAGAAAGCUGCUUGGAAGAAACGGGUGGCUUGGGAGUGGAUAUUGUUCUAGACGCUGGAGUGAAAUUAUAUAGUGCUGAGGAUGAAACCACUUCAAAGUCACGGUUGCUGCCUCACAAGCAUGAUAUCAUUACUCUUCUUGGAGUUGGGGGACACUGGAUAACGACAGAGAAGAAUCUCCAGCUGGAUCCUCCAGAUAGCCAUUCCUUGUUUCUCAAAGGAGCCACAGUCUCCUUUCUGAAUGACGAGAUAUGGAAUUUGUCCAACAUACAGCAAGGGAAGUACCUCUCCAUCUUAGAAGAUAUAAUGGAGAAAUUAUCAAGUAGCAUCUUCAGGCCUCAGCUGGAUGAACCGAUCCCAUUGUACGAAGCCAAAGUUUCUAUGGACAUAGUUCAGAAGAAUCAAGCAAGAAAAAGACAAGUCAUCCAGUUCUGACAUGUAAUUUCCUGACUUCUAAGCCCGGGGAAGCUAAAGAAACGUAAUGUAUUUGCGAAGUAAAU